UUGGCAGUACCCUGGAUUGUAAUUGGUUAGCAGUGGUGCCUUUUGGCCAAUCGCUGAGCAUUUCACUGCACAGUACUCUUCACUAUAACCAGCAGUGUGCUCAAGUUUCUCUGUGUGGAAGGAUGGGUGUGUUAUCCACUCUGGUGAGGGGUCUGGUGAGAGGAGCCGACAGGAUGUCAGAGUUCACCAGCAAGCGUGGUUCAAGGACUCACAAUAAAGGCAGGGGCUCAAGGCCCACUGGACUGAGGCUCUCUAGCAGGAAGUUUCUGUCCAUACGGGCCAUGAUUCCUGAGUUUGUGGUGCCUAACUUGGAGGGAUUCAAACUCAAACCCUAUGUAUCAUACCGCUCCCCCAGAGGAGCAGAACCUCCACUCACAGCACAGAGUUUGUUUGCUGAGGCUGUGGCCCCUCAGAUCAAGAAAGACUUUGAAGAGGGCACUUUCAAUAAAGAACAGCUGGAGAAAUACGGAUUUGAGCCCACACAGGAGGGGAAGCUAUUCAAACUUUAUCCCAAGAAUUUUGUGCGUUAAAGAUGAACUGUGUGUAUUUACAAGGAAAGGCACAGACUGCUGAUUACCUGAAAGAACAACAUGGAACUGUAAAUAAUGUUAAAUCUAUUUUCUAAGUGGCUGACUUCUGUUAUCUUAUCAGGCAAAAUAAAAUCUAAUCCAUAUUGUGAAA